UUGCAGUUGGGCAAGAGAUUUAGCUAGAAAUGGAGCUAAAGGAAAACUUUUUAUUCAUUUUACUCGUAUUUCUGUGGGAGAAGGUUACUGGCUUGGACCUGUACCCAGGCGCGUGUCCCGUAAUGAAUCCUGUCGAGAAAUUUGAUUUAGAUAAGUUUCUGGGCGUUUGGUAUGUGCAAUCCCACUACCCAUUCGACGAUGAACCGCAGCUGGAGUGUCAGCAUUUUCUCUAUCAACGGCAUAGUGGACGCUACUAUGAGUUUGAGCUGCUGCUGGACAAUAGAGUUGCCAAAAAGGUGAUGACUCGCUCGACUGUUAUACGCUAUGUGGAUAGCACUGGAGGCAUCGAAGUCAAGCGGCGCAAUAGCACCUAUGAUAAUCCGCCGCAUAGGAAACCUAUACCCACUCGCCCACAUCGCUUUACCAUGUUUCCCGUGGCUGUGGAAUAUGACUCCUAUGUGGUCAUGCUCACCUGCAUUGCGCACAGAAAGGGCCACUACCUUGGCGCUUGGAUCAUGACGCGGCACUGCAAGCCGCCGGGCAAGCACAUUUUGGCCGCUCAGAAUGCGCUCAUCAAGCAGGAAAUUGAAGUCGUGGACAUGAUGGAUGCCAAGCAGUUCGAUUGUGAUGUCUAUGAAUAGUGACUAAUACAAAAUCAACACAACAAUUUAGAAUAAAAGCAUGGCACAUUGUGA